AUGGCUGCGGCGGCCGGUGCGGGGAGCGGCGGUGGCGGCGUGGUGAAGCACCUCGUCAUCGUGAAGUUCAAGGAGGACGUGACGCCGGAGCGGCUGGCUGGCCUCAUCCGCGGCUACGCCGGCCUCGUCGACAAGGUCCCCUCCAUGAAGGCCUUCCACUGGGGAACCGAUGUGAGCAUAGAGAACUUGCAUGACGGGUUCACGCACGUCUUCGAGUCCACCUUCGAAAGCACAGAGGGAGUCAGGGAGUACGUUUACCACCCAGCACACGUCGAGUUUGCAACUGAUUUCUUGGGUUCAACGGAGAAAGUCCUCAUAAUCGACUUCAAGCCGGCAGCAGGCAACUAA